UUUGGAUUGUUUAAAAUAUGUCUUAAAUGUGUUCCUUUCAGGCAUGAAGAAAUGAAUAAAAAGCUGACGGAAGAGAAUUUGAGAACAAAGCAACUUGAGAAAUACUGUUUCUUGUAUUACUGGCUGCAUUCGGACUGUCAUGUCUCUCUUGAAACACCUGCAAGAACAUACAUAAGUAUCCACCCACCUGACACAAAAGGCUCUCAUCCAAAUCAACCGAACGUGAUACAAUCUCUGGAGGAGGAUAUUAAACGCCUAGGGAAUCCAACUGAGAUUAUGCCUUUAGUCGGUCUGAAUGCUGACGAAAUAGAUGAAUGGUACAAAACAAUUGAUGUCCAUUUUAAACAGUGGACUGAUGAUUACCGAAUGCUAGAAACAGCUCUCGUUAAAGGAUCAGACGACUUCAAGAAUUACUUAGAAAAACACAAACCAAGCAUUCAAAACAAAAUGUGUCCACUCUACAUAUAUUCAGCUGCCUGGGAUCACACAUUGACACACUGCGACAGCUCAAGAUGGCACAAAGAUUGAGGAUACUAAGCACUUACGUUCCUGAACAUAAAUUAUCCAUUUUGCAUAGCUUAUGUUUAUACAUUCUCAUACUGUAACAAUAUAUAUGUUCACUAUUAUUUCAUAGAUUGGUUUUUUAGUAUUUGUAGAAUUAUAGUGACGUGUUAGUCUUGUUUCUGGUGUAUGAAUUAGGGUAUGUAAUGUUAAUAUGUAUGUGAAUCUAGUUCAUUGUCGUUAAGGUUCUUGUAGUGUGUCCAUAGACAGGUUCUUCUUCAUAUUUCCCUGUAGUUUGUGUUGUAUCAUUGUGUAAAAUGCCAAUAAAACACUAAUAGUGAAAAUUAUAGUAAUACUUGCGUGCAAUAUGUAAGUCACCUGACAGUUAAAUAUUUCGAAUCUCCUUUUUGUAUUACUGCAAAACAAUAAAUUUAAAAAGUGUAUAAACUAUCCUGUGAACAACAUAGCUGAUCUCCUACUAUGCAAUGUAUUCCAUUUCUUACCUUCUAAUUUAAAGUGACAAUCUUAUUCAAAAUCAAUACAUACCCAUGUAUAACAAACAUAAAUUUAUGUAUCAACACUGAUAAACCUUUAAGUACUUACUAAAUAAUGCAUUUCUGGAACAUAUUUAUUACUGACAGCAAGAUUUUAACCGUUUAUUUUAUAGCAGAACGCUCAAAAAUAUUAAAUAAUUGGUGAAUGCUAAAAGAUUUACUGUGGUCUACAUAACGUAGAAAUACCGUGUUUUUUGCUCAUUUCAUUCAAAUUAAACGUUGUAUCCUUCACAAGAACCAUUGUUUUCGACAUUUAUUAUUUUUAAAUAUUAGAAAGGUAUUUUUAAUUGUGGUAAAUAUUGUUUGGGAGUAAGAGUGCAUCUUUAACUCUAAAGCACAAGUAGAUUGAAAAAUAAUUGGCUUUGUCAUGACUUAUAUAUUGCAUACUACUCAGAAUAAGUAAAAUAAACUUACUAUACUUUAACACAUAUUGUUUGAGUGUGCAAGUGUUGUUUCCCCCAAAAUAAGAAAUUGCUUUGAUAGUGUAGCAUGUGCACACUU